UUAAACUUGAGUGGUGGCUGGUAAGACUGACUUUUGAAAGUUAGAAUUAGAUUUUGCUAGGUAAAAACUUCAAACGUCAUGUCUUCGUCGAUCUUCACUUGCGCUUAAACUGUUCGACGGAAGUCCAACCCGAGACUCGCUUUCAUCUUCAACCUCCCAACAUACCACUCAUGCUUUCGCUCAAACAUGUAGCGAAAACCAGGCUCUUUCUCUCCACACUUCGCUUUCUAAGUGCCCCCACUUUCGUUUCUUCUCUUUUCCCUUAUUCACAUUUGUUCAAUCAGAUAUCUAGCUACUCAACCGCCCCAGCAGUUCAAGAACAGAGCGCCGAAAACCUGGUUGUCUCAUUCAAAGAAUGGUUCAAGACCCAAAACAACUACAUGUUGGAUCGAAUUUUCGAGAUAUUAAGCGCCCACCACUGCGACGACUUGCCCUCUCGUUUUGCCGCCGAUUUUGCCCUCUCUCAGUUGAAUCUUCGCCUUUCCGAAUCGUUCGUUCUUGAAGUCUUGGCUUAUAGGAAUGGGAAAGAUGUGCUGUCUUGUCUUAAGUUUUUCGAUUGGGCUGGGCGCCAACCUGGGUUUCAUCACACCCGCGCCACGUUUCACGCUAUUUUCAAGAUCCUUAAGAAGGCGAAACUGAGGUCUUUGAUUUUUGAUUUUCUUGACAACUUUGUGAAUGCUAGAUACGUUUAUAGAGUGAGAUUUCAUGAUACUUUGGUUCUUGGGUAUGCGAUUGCUGGGAAACCCGAGUUUGCAUUGCAAGUGUUUGGUAGAAUGCGGUUUCAGGGUUUGGAUUUGGAUAGUUUCGCAUAUCAUGUGCUUCUGAAUGCUUUAGUUGAGCAGAGGUGUUUUGAUGCCGUUGAUGUGAUUGCUAAGCAGAUUGCAUUAAGGGGUUUUGAGAAUGAGGUUACGAGAUCCAUUAAGUUGAAGAGUUUGUGUAAGCAGAAUCAAUUGAUUGAGGCGGAGGAGUAUUUACGUGGACUGAUGAGUACUGGUGUAGAGUUUACUGACCAUGCAGUAUCUGUUGUUGUCAAAGCACUUUGUAAGAAUGGCAAAUUUGAGGAGGCGCGGAAGCUGUUGGAGGAGCUUAGGGAAUCGGGUUUGCUCUCGUUGGAUCGUGCUUAUGGUGUUUGGGUUUUGUAUCUUGCUAGGGCUGGAAGGUUAGAUGGAGCGUUGGAGUUUUUGAACAGCAGGAAAUCGUUGGAAGGGUAUGUUCCAGAUGUGUUUCGGUAUAAUGUGUUGGUGUCUAGGCUUUUGAGUGAGAACCGUCUAAUGGAGGUUUUUGAUUUGCUCAUGGAGAUGAAGGAGAAUGAAAUUGUUCCGGACAGUUUUACCAUGAAUUAUGCACUUUGCUUCUUUUGCAAAGCUGGGAUGGUAGAUGUUGCACUUGAGUUAUACAAUUCAAGGUCGGAGUUUGGGCUCUCCCCGGGUGGCAUGGUUUACAACUUUUUGAUCAAUACUUUGUGUGGGGAUGGAAGUAUUGAUGAAGCUUAUAAUGUGUUGAAGAAUUCCAUUGACCAAGGCUUUUUUCCUGGUAGAAAAACCUUUUAUAUACUUGCCAGUACUUUGUGCAGACAGGGGAAGCUUGAGAAAAUGAAAGAGCUGCUUAUUUUUGCCUUGGACAGAAAGUUUGUACCAAGUGAUUCCAUAUAUGAUGUGUUUAUAUCGGCUUUAUGCAGAGCUGGUAGGGUAGAAGAUGGCUAUUUGAUUCAUGGGGAUCUCAAUAGAAUGAAUAAAGUUGCUACUGAGGCUACUUACCGUAGUUUGAUACGUGGUUUUAACAAGUACAACAGGGCAGAUAUUGCUGCUAGACUUCUUAUUGAAAUGCAGGAAAAGGGUCACAAACCAACUCGAGGAUUGUUCAGAGCUGUUAUUCGUUGUUUGUCUGACACGGAAAAUCCAGAAAAGCAAUUCCUGCAGCUGCUGGAGAUGCAGUUGUCUCGUCAUGCAAGCAAUUCAUUGACUUAUAACUUCUUCAUUGAUGGAGCUGGGCAUGCCAGAAUGCCUGACCUAGCUAAAGAAGUCUAUGAGAUGAUACAGAAAAGUGGCAAUGUGCCCAAUUUGGGUGCUAACAUUCUCAUGUUGCAGAGUUAUCUAAAGAGUGAAAGAAUUUCAGAUGCUGUAGAUUUUUUCAGUGAUUUGGGCCAGAAAGGAAAGGUCGGGAUAAAAUUGUACAACACCAUGAUUGUUGGUCUCUGCAAAGUCGCUAAUGCAGAUAUGGCAUUAGAAAUCUUGGAAAAAAUGAAGAUUGAUGGACGGGUUCCAAGCAAUGAAUGCUAUGAACUUCUUAUAAAGCUGCUUUGCUCAAUUAAGAAAUAUGAUAAGGCGAUUCAUGUUAUUAAUGGCAUGGAGAAAGUUGGGCGCCGCAUUACAUCCUUUGUUGGUAAUACUCUUUUGAUGCAUGCCUUCAAGACUCAAGAUCUCUAUGAGGCCUGGAUUCGGUUGGUAGAUGUGCAGAUUGAGACAUCUAAGAUUUCAUUGCUUGGCCGGCUCAUUGGAGCAGUUUCUGGCGGUAUUAGAGUGAGUGAAGAUAUUGAAAACUUAGAAGAAGUAAUUCAGCUGUGCUUCCAGCCUGACAUCUUUACUUACAAUAUAUUAUUAGAGCAACUAAGCAAGACUAAUAUAGAUCAUGCUUGUGAAUUUUUCAAUAAGAUAUGUCAGAAGGGUUAUGAGCCCAACCAAUGGACUUAUAAAUUCAUAAUUCGUGGUCUUUACAGAUCUGGGAGGACAGAGGAGGCUAGAAAAUUGGAGGAGAUGUAUUGGAGAGGUCUUGAGACUGUCCAUAUCAGAAAUUUGUGUAGUGGGUAUUUACUUAGCUAAGUUCUGGCGUUUUAAAGUAGCUAGAAGCAAAGCAUUCGCAUUCAGAGCGACAGACAAGAAUUUUUGGGAAAUAAUGUGUAUUUUUGUGCCUUAAUUUGAUUGAAUACAUGAAAUAUCUCAAUCGAGCUCUAUGUAUAUUACUUUAACUCUCUGUAGUUCAAUAAUCACCUACAAGAAAGAAAUUUAAUGUAAUUUUUUAGAUGGCAUUGGCAUCAGGUAUUUUUCAUUAUGGGUUGGAGAA